AACAAAAUGGUGUUUCUGAUGGCUAGAAGUAUGCUUUUUGAGAAGAAUUUGCCUAAGAAGUUUUGGGCAGAGGUAGUGCAUAUUGCUAUUUAUUUGCUAAAUGGUCUUCCAACUAGAGUUAUUGAAGGUAAAACUCUGGUUGAUGCUUGGUUUGGACUUAAGCCUUUAGUUUAUCAUUUGAAGGUAAAGUCACUUGCAGAUGUGUAUGCUAGAUGCAAUUUGGCUACUUCUAAUCCAACUUGUUUUAUUGAGGCUUCAAAACAUGACGAAUGGAUGGUUUCUAUGAGAGAAGAGCUGGCUAUGAUUGAAAAGAACAAAACUUGGUCACUUUGUCCUAGACUAGAAGAAAUCUAUGUAGAGCAAUUGGAGGGGUUCCUUGUUCAUGGUAGCGAGGAUACGGUUUAUAAGCUUCAUAAAGCUCUCUAUGGUCUGAAACAAGCUUCUAGGGCCUGGUAUCGUGGGAUUGAUGCCUACUUAAUGCAACAAGGUUCUGAUGUUCAAGCUAUGAAAGAUUUUAUGCUUGUUAUGAAGAAAGAGUUUGACAUGUCAGAUCUUGGAGAAAUGAGUUACUUUCUUGGUUUGGAAAUCAAACAAUGUGGAAAUGGACUUUUCUUGUCACAACAAAAAUAUGCAUGGGAUAUGAUGAGGAAAUUCAAUAUGGAAAGUAUCAUUGGUAGUUUGCUUUAUCUCAAUGCUAAUAGACCAGACAUUAUAUUUGCUACUAGUUUGUUGUCUAGAUACAUGAGUUCUCUUACUCAAGUUCAGUUGAGUGUUGCAAAGAGAGUUUUGAGGUAUGUUAAUGGUACUGUAGAUUAUGGAAUCUGUUUUGGAAAGAAUGAUCAUGGUGGCUUAUCAGGAUAUUUAGAUAGUGACUGGGUAUGGAGCAUAGAUGAUGCUGGAAGCACUUCUGGUUACUUAUUUCAAUUUGGAAUAGGUGUGUUUUGCUGGAAUUCUUGUAAACACGAAGUGGUUGCCCAAUCUACUAUUGAGGCUAAGUAUAUUUCAAUUGUGGAAGCUUCAAAUCAUACAAUAUGGUUGAGGAAAAUGCUAUUUGAUAUGGGGUAGCCUUAGUUUGAUCCUAGUGUGAUUUACGUGGACAAUAUGUCAGUUAUUGUGAUUGCUCAAAUCCUGUGCAACACAAGAGGACUAAGCACGUUCAUGUCAAGUAUCAUGUAAUUAGGUAGUACAUCAAGGACAAGCAAAUUUAGUUGUUCCAUUGUAGCUCAGAUGUUCAACUUGUUGAUAUUCUUACUAAGUUUUUGCCAAAGUAGAGGUUUGAGAUGUUGAGACAGCAACUUGGAGUUACCAAACUUGCUUUCAAGGAGGAGUGUUAGUGUGUGAGAUCAAGUUUAUUAAAGUGGUAGUUACAAUUAGUUUAUUUUGCUUAAUGGUGUAGCAGUUUCUUUUGUAGUUUGUGACUUUUUUUCAUUUCAGCAACUGUUAUGUAUAAGUUUCUUUUCCUUAGAAACUGGUAUGUAUGUCCGCUGUUGUAUUUGUUAAUAUAUCAUAACACUAUUCAUGUAUUUUAUUAGUGUUCAUGUAUUUCAUCAUUUCUCAAGUUUAACCCUUAAGUUUAUGUUCAUUUUCACUUGAUUUUUCAUCUUUACUUUCGUAGUUUUCUUAAAUAGAAUCUAUGGUUUAUGUGGUGUUGCUGAAUUACAUCAGACUCAGUGGUUGUCAUGUGGAAAAGUGGAUGUUGGGCAAAGGACAAGGUGUUGGAGUUGUGGUGUUCAAGCUGCCAAGUAGCAGCAAGUGAAAAUGAAAGGUUGCACAAGAU